AUGCGGCCAGCCUCCUUCAUGCUCCGGGGUGUCCUCCUGCUCCUCGCCUGUAUCUUUCAGGCGUUAGCUGCCGACCCCAAGUACUCCUCCACCAUCACCCUCUCUUACGAGUUCAUAUCCUCACCCUCUAAACCGUCACCAUUAGCCACCAUAAGCUAUGACCCAUCAACACUCCGCUACAGCCUCUCCUCCUGGACACCACCGUCGAUAGCGGACCUCAAGUCGAGUUCCCAAGACCCUACCUCCGCCCCACUCAUCCGUAUCCUCACUCCUGGCGGUUCCUCCACCGUUACAACGUUAUCUACCUUUGCCUCGGACCUCAAGCAAAACAUAAACCUCUUCCUCUCAUCCACCGACAAUGCCGUUCUCUCCGCAUCAGUAACAUCGAUCCGCCCGGCACCCUUGACCGAGGAAGAGGCACACUACCGGAAGAAGCUUGAGCGCGCCAAAGCCCGAGGCAAGCCACUGCCAUCUCCACCGAAACCGCAGAAGCCAAAGAAACCAAAGAAGGGCCAGCCUGUCCCUGUGGUCCCCGAGACGCCCAUAGAUGACACUCCCGAGGGGCAACCGAAAGUCAACCUGAUACCAGAGCUGGAAGGGCCGCGCCCCAAGCUAAUGAGCCGGGCUGCGCCUGUGGUUGAUGAGCAUGGCAACGAGGUACCGCAAGCCGAGCAGCAAGAGAAGACAUUCUUGCAGAAGUACUGGUGGGUUCUGGUCGCAGGUCUGGUUCUGACCAUGGGUAUGGGUGGUGGGGAAGGAAAGUGA